AUGGUUGGGGGAGGAAAUAUUACAGAGGUCACUUAUUUCAUCCUUUUGGGAUUCUCUGAUUUCCCCAGAAUCCUAGCAGUGCUCUUUGUUGUAUUCCUGCUCAUCUACAUUAUGACUCUGACUUGGAACUUGUGCCUCAUCAUCUUAAUAAGGAUGGACUCUCACCUCCACACACCCAUGUACUUCUUCCUCAGUAAUCUGUCCUUCAUGGAUAUCUGCUAUGUGACCUCCACAGCCCCCAAGAUGCUCUCCAGCUUUUUCCAAAAGCAGCAAACUAUCACCUUUGUGGGUUGCGCUGUUCAAUACUUUGUUUUUUCAAUCAUGGGACUGAGUGAGUCUUGUCUCAUGACAGCCAUGGCUUAUGACCGAUAUGCCGCCAUUUGUAAUCCUCUUCUCUAUUCAUCAGUCAUGUCACCCACCCUCUGUAUUCGGAUGGUGCUGGGGUCCUAUCUGGCUGGACUCUCUGGUUCUGUAUCCCAAUUGUGUGCCAUACUUCAGCUUCACUUCUGUGGGCCUAAUGUCAUCAACCACUUCUUCUGUGACAUGCCCCAGUUGUUAGUCCUGUCCUGCACUGACACUUUCUUUGUGCAACUCUUGACUGCUAUAUUAACAGUGAUCUUUGGGAUAACAAAUGCCUUCAUCAUCAUGAUAUCCUAUGGCUAUAUUGUCAUCUCCAUCAUGAAGAUCACUUCAGCUAAAGGCAGGUCCAAGGCUUUCAACACCUGUGCUUCUCAUCUGACAGCAGUGUCCCUCUUCUAUACCUCGAGUAUCUUUGUCUAUUUGAGUUCCAGCUCUGGUGGCUCCUCCAGCUUUGACAGAUUUGCAUCAGUAUUCUACACUGUGGUUAUCCCCAUGUUGAAUCCUUUGAUUUACAGUCUGAGGAACAAGGAAAUCAAAGAUGCCUUGAAGAGGUUACAAAAGAAGAGAUGUUACUGCUGA